CCUAAAAUCCAAUGAUGACUCCGGGGAAGAAGAUAGUGGAAGCCGAGAUAUGAAAGACAAACCACUGCCACAAGUGGAGGUAAAACCAGGUGAGCACCCUCUUCAGUACACAUAUUCUCUUUGGUUCAGCAGAAGGGCACCGGGCAAACAGGCAACAACACAAAACUACGACCAAAAUCUUCAAUUAUUAGCCAGGUUUGCCUCUGUGGAACAGUUCUGGGGAUAUUACAGCCGCUGUUUGCGGCCAGUCGAUCUUCCUUCACACUCCGAUAUACAUAUUUUUAAAGAUGGAAUCAAACCCAUGUGGGAGGAUUCGGCUAAUAAAAAUGGCGGGAAAUGGAUUGUACGUUUAAGGAAAGGACUUGCUUCGCGUUGCUGGGAAAAUAUGAUCUUGGCAAUGCUUGGUGAGCAGUUUAUGGUUGGUGAUGAAAUCUGUGGAGCUGUUAUAUCUGUACGCUUCCAGGAGGACAUAAUAUCUGUCUGGAACCGCACAGCGCAAGACUCUAUCACCACAGGAAAGAUCCGGGACACCCUAAAGCGUGUUCUUAACCUACCUCCUACUACUGUUAUGGAAUACAAGACCCAUAACGACUCUCUCAAGCACACCCACUCCGCGUCAAGCCUACUACGCAAACCCGGCCUACCCAUGAGGCAUGACCUCCUUCACUGACGUCUCUCUUCUUUUGCUCCCCUCUCCCCUCCUCUUCCUGGCAGGGGGGGGGAGGGUGGGGAGAGAGAGAGAGAGAGAGCCUGAGACACCACCCAUUCUCUGUGCAUCUACAGGUGUGAGUGUGAAGAUAUGCCCAUGCCAUGUUUCUACUACCGCUAUGAUCAUAUUUGCAGUGUACAGUACAACCCCUCUAAUUGGAACUAAUUAGUGGGAACGUGAUAGAGAUUUGGGAAAUCUACAGAAUAAAUGGACGUGAUGCUGUUGUGACUCCUUAAAGAAGUGAGGAAGAUUGUGUUCAUAUCCAUGCCAUGUGUAUAGUAGGUGCAUAUCCAAUACAAAUUUAUUUUAAUGA